UUUGCAAAAGAGGUCACUCAUGCGCGUUUCAUUAGCCACGACCACGCCCCCUCUUUGUGCUCACACUCACUCACAUGGGCUGUAAAAAGAGGAGAGAAGAAAACGCAAACAAACUGACAGAAAUAGGGAAUUAAUCGAAUCGGCCGAUUGAAAAUGAAGAUUCUCACCUUUUUUAAAACUAUAAGGAACAAUUGGAAGAAAAGUACUUUUGCCGCGUGUCUGGCAGCGUACGGCGUCGACUAUGCGAUCGAGAAACAAAAGGUCAAGGAAAUGAUGAGGGCCUACUGCCUGGAGGCUGUUGCCCUCGGACAGACUUCGGGGGACCGGCCCAAAAGAGUGACUGUAAUCCUAAACCCUGCAGCUAAUGGAAGAAAAGCGGUAAAGGACUUUGAAAAAUACUGUGCUCCGCUGCUCCACCUAGCAGGACUGACAGUGAGUGUCGUGAACUCGGACAACGAAGGUCAAAUAAAAGGUCUGAUGGACGUCAUGGACAACACUGACUGCGUGGUGAUAGCUGGAGGGGAUGGCUCUCUUUCCGAAGCCGUGACUGGAUUUCUGAGAAGGCCUGAUGCCAACUCAGCAGCCAAAAAAAUACCUUUGGGCAUCAUUCCCUUGGGAGCAACGAACCAGGUCGCAGCCUCUAUUUUCGGGAAAUACGAAAAGCGGGAGCAGUUAAUGGCUGAAGCUACAAAGGCUGUUGUCGAAGGGAACACCAAAUCGGUCGAUGUCAUGAAGAUUGAACCUAAAGUGGAGAACGCUGAAACUCCCGCCAAACCGGUUUAUGCCCUUGGAGAAAUCCAGUGGGGCGCCUACCGAGACGCUCACGUGCGCAGAAACCGAUAUUGGUUGUACGGACCCUUCCGCAGUUACGCUUCCAUGGUGUUCUCGUGGCCAAAGGACGAGCUGGCCUGGGACUGCCAGGCACACAUUAAAUAUGUGAAACCGUGCGCCGGGUGCAGCAAGUGCGGAGGCAGGCACUUGGCGCCUGAGACCGAACCUCCCAAAAAUCGCCGCUGGUGGCAUUCUUUCCUGUCGAAGCCGACCAAUUUUGAAAAGAAAGCAGACUUCAGCAAAAUUAUUAAUGAAGAAUGUGGCGUGCAGCAUGAGCUGGACGUAAACACAGCCGACUUCAGCAUUGCGUCACCUAAUGCGGUGCCCACUGUUCAAAGCACUGAUUCCGCCCUGCAGAUUGCUCUCGGUCGAAAAGAGGUCGGAUUCACUGACUUUGUCAAAGAAGGCUGGAACAGAGUUGGCGGAGAAGCACCAGAAUUCCAAGAAAUCCACACUGCCCAAGAGGUGUGGUUCACGCCCAAAAUCGAAGAAAAGGAAAUCAAAGAAGAAACCAAAGAAGAAGAGACUAAGGCGGAAACGUACAUGCGCUGGUUGUCUAUAGACCACGAGAAUUUUGAGCUCAUGCCAAUGCACAUAACCUUGCAGCCCAGCCGGUUAAAUAUAUUUUGCUCCAGGCAAAAGCAAAUGUGAUUUUUAAGCUUAGAAUAAAAAAUAUUAAAUAUGA